AUUGAAACUGCCGUCAGUCGACACUUGUGACUCGAACAGAGCGCAGCUAACAGAGCCAGCCACAUCCUAACCGCACAUCGAUACAUAGAGAGAGCGAGAGAGAGAACCGAAAGAUACAUACAGAUACAGAUACAGAUAUGUCAUUAUCGUCGUCAGCGAACCUGCUCAUCAGCGCCCUAUGCCUGUGCCUGGUCCAGCCGGAGAUCAGCGCUGGCUUGUCAAUGGUGCUAGGCAAUCUCACCCUCUUCAAUGUCCAAUUCAAAUCCCCCACCUGGCUGGGGCGCUCGAUAGUCGGGGACAGUAACUUGCGGAUAGAGAGCGAUGUGGAUCCCAAUAUUUUGGAAGAUUCGCACUUGGACACGGUUCAUCUGAUACAAAAAUAUGGCUAUCCAGCCGAGAGCCAUACCGUGGAGACAGACGACGGCUACAUACUCACUCUUCACAGGAUCGCUCGUCCCGGAGCAAUGCCCGUGCUCCUGGUGCAUGGCCUGCUGGAUAGUUCGGCUACUUGGGUGAUGAUGGGACCCAACAAAGGCUUGGGAUACUUGCUCUAUGAGCAGGGCUACGAUGUUUGGAUGGCUAACGUCCGCGGCAACACGUACUCCAGGAACCACGUCAAGUACAGCACUCACCAUGCCAAGUUCUGGGACUUUACGUUCCAUGAGAUGGGCAAGCACGACAUACCAGGCACAAUCGACUAUGUACUCAACCACACGGGGGUCAGUCAAUUGCACUACAUUGGCCACUCCCAGGGCUCGGUCGUCUUCUGGAUCAUGGCCAGUGAGCGACCCGAGUAUAUGGAUAAGAUCGUUUUUAUGCAGGCUUUGGCGCCAGUGGCCUUUCUGAAGCAUUGCCGGAGUCCUGUCGUCAACUUCCUGGCCGAGUGGCAUUUAUCGGUGAGCGUGAUCCUUAAGCUAAUUGGCGUGCAUGAGUUUCUGCCAAAGAACGAGUUCAUCAGCAUGUUCAAUCGGAUCAUUUGCGACGAGACAACCAUUACCAAGGAGAUCUGCUCGAACGUGAUCUUUCUCACCACUGGAUUCGACAAGCUGCAACUAAACGAGACGAUGCUCCCGGUGAUUGUGGGCCACUCCCCGGCCGGAGCUUCUACCAAGCAAAUGCAACACUUUGGCCAGCUAAAUAGGUCUGGGGCCUUCAGACAGUUCGACUAUGGAUGGCUGAGGAACCAUUGGCGUUACGGCACAAUAGACCCCCCCUCAUACAAGCUGGAGAAUGUCCGGGCCAAGGUGGCGCUUUAUUACGGGAAAAACGACUGGUUGGCGCCUCCCGAAGAUGUGGAAAUGCUGCAUAGCAAGCUUCCCAAUGUCGUGACAAAGUAUCUGGUCGACGAUCCGGAGUUCAACCACCUGGACUUCAUAUGGGCCAUCAAUGGGAGGGAAUUGCUCUGGGAUCGAAUGCUGGAAAACAUGCGAAGUCAAGAGAACUCUGUUAUCUGAAGGGCUAUCGAUGUGGCCUAGCAUAAGCUAAAUUAGUUUAAAUACUUACAGUAUGAAGAGGGUGGGUGUCAGCGCUAGUUAGGUAUUUAUUUGGAUUUAAUAUACUUUAUUUUGGAUUACUUAUGUAAAUAUGCUAAACACACACAUAUACGAAUACGAGGGGUGCUAUUUAUGUUUCUGGCCUAGGUCACUUCUGGUCGUACUGGGACCAAAUGGUCAGUUGCAUAGAAAAGUUUGGAGUUUUAUAAAUAAAACAUACAUAUAACUUUUUC